AUGCAAAAUGAAUCAACAACGAGUAAACAGAAUGUUAAAGAUAAUUUGGAUUUUAAUUUAAUUAUUCACAUGAAUUCUUUAAUUUCAUUGCUAAAACAAUUUUUAUGUCCUGGUUGCAAUAAAUAUUGGGACGGAUCAACAACUGUCAAAGAACGAAAUGGAUUAUACAUGCAGCUUGAAUUCAUGUGCUAUAAUUGUGGAUUUCUCACUCGUUUAUAUUCGUCACCGAAAAUGCAAAAUGGUAGACGUCAUGAGAUCAAUGUUCGAUUAGGUAUUGGAGGUACUUUAUGUGGAUUAGGCCGUAGUGGAGUAAUGAAAUUACUAGGUGCUUUAAAUUUACCACUACCAAUUCAGGAGCACAAGUAUCGUGAAGUACAAGAAUUUAUUUUAAAUUAUUUAGAAAAAGCUCAAGAACAGUCAAUGAUUGAUGCUGUUCAAGAUGCUAUCUCUGAAGCUGGUGGUGUAGAAGAGUUAACCGUAAGUGGUGAUGGUGCAUGGCUAACUCGAGGGUUCUCUAGUCUUCAUGGAAUCGCAGCUAUAUGUUCAACAACAGUGAGUCCAAAAGUUAUAGAUACUAAUUGGUGUUCCAAAAAGUGUUCUAAAUGUCAAGGUGCAGAAAGUCUGCGUCAUGUUAAUUUUGAUUUAUUUAGUACAUUUCAGGAGAAUCAUGAAUGUCAAUUGAAUUUUAUAGGAACAUCCGGUGCAAUGGAAAAAGAGAUGAUUUAUGAAAUGUUUUGUCGAUGCUUACCAAAAUAUGAUAUUAAAUAUAUAUCUUAUAUUGGAGAUGGCGAUGCUAAAGUACAUAAAUAUUUAACAACUAAUCCUCCAUAUCCUGGUGUCACAAUUAAAAAACUCGAAGAUACAAAUCAUUUUGCAAAAAGAAUGUUGACUCGUAUCAAAAAGAUCAAGCAAGAAAAUAAGAAUGAAGUUUUGUCUGAUGGUAAAAAAAUUGCUGGUAAAGGACGUCUGACUGAUGCUGAUGCAAUCAAAUUUAAAAUUUAUUUUGCUAAAGCAAUACGUGAAUCUAAAACUGAUUUAGAUAAAAUUUAUGAAAAAUCAUGGGCUAUUUUCAAGCAUCAUUACUCCACAGACAAAGAGCCGAUGCAUGAUUGGUGUGAUCCUCAAUGGUGUAAGUAUCUUCAAGC